UUGUAUGCCUAUCGACUCCAAAACGUCGAAUUUCCAAGUGCCGCUUCAGUUCAUAGCACGAAAUGGCUCUAAACCCUGCAUCCUUCUCACUCACUCGUAAAAUCCCGUUCCUAAACCGGUUCGUUGGUUGUUCUCGUAGACCCUCUUUGCAUUCUUGUACUGUGUCUAGGAUUGCAGCAAAUCCAGUUCAAAUAAGGGGCUUUAGGAGAUCUUCUAUGUGCCAGUCCCACUCAUUUGCCCUGAAUUCCGGCAUUGAAGUCGGGCUUAAGGACUUGGGUCGUUCUGAAAUAGGUUUUAGGCAACUGGGUUAUGACCGGUUUCGUCUCUCGGUUGUUUCCGAUAGUGGGUCGGGUGGAACUGGUGGAGGCGGCAGCUCUGGUGAUGGAAACUAUGGCGGCGGAGGUGACGGCGGUGCAAACAGUGAAGGCGGUGGUCGUGAUGAAAACAAUUGGUCAUUGCUUUCGUGGUAUUUGGAUCUUCUUGCAAAGUAUCCUGUUGCAACAAAAGCUCUGACAUCUGCCCUUUUAACUCUUACUGGGGAUAUAGUCUGCCAGCUUGUCAUUGAUAAAGCUCCGUACCUGGACCUGAAAAGAACGUUCUUGUUUACCCUGUUGGGGCUGGUGUUAGUAGGUCCGACAUUGCAUUUCUGGUAUUUGUAUCUAAGCAAACUGGUAACGAUGCCUGGAGCAUCAGGUGCAUUCCUGCGUCUCGUACUUGAUCAGUUUCUUUUUGCUCCUAUAUUCAUUGGAGUUUUCUUAUCAACAUUGAUGACGCUGGAGGGAAAACGUUCACAAGUUGUACCCAAGCUUCAACAGGAGUGGUUUUCUGCUGUGCUAGCUAAUUGGCAACUGUGGAUACCUUUCCAAUUUCUUAACUUUCGGUUUGUCCCACAGCAAUUCCAGGUCCUUACUGCUAACUUUAUAUCUUUGACAUGGAAUGUUAUCCUAUCAUUCAAAGCUCACAAAGAGGUUCUUCAAAAUUAGGUCUCAAGAGAGAUCACACGAGGAGUACGCAAAGUUCAUCGAACCUUGCUAAAUUCAUUGGUUUAUGGGCAGCGUGUUUGGUUUAUUGUUCAUAUAUUCGCAUAGCAUCAUCUUAUAAGCUUGCAAAACACUGGAGAUUAUCGAUAAACAAGAUCAACUAAGGGCGAUUAAAAUCAACAAAUAUAACAUAUUAUUUUAUUUUUAUA